UUGUUGUGACUAUGUACAAAACGAACCCCAAGAUCUGUGUACUAAUUAUAUACCUCGUCCUAUAACAGAAAACCUAAUUUCCCAUGGGCAUUGGAUUGAAUGGAUAUUCGCAGCUCUGAGUUCUUAUACUCCAUCUUGGCCUUUCAGACAAUCCUUCACUGUCGGGAUACUGAUCUUUUCAGAGAAGGACGAGUGCAAAUGGUUGGAACACUUACUGAGGUCGGAUGGCCGUGUAGAUAAAGUACAAGUUAUUUGCUACUCUGGAGAUGAAGAAAGACUUAAAGACGAACUCACACAGUGUUCCUAUAUCAUUUUUUACCACCGAGGCAGAUUUGGACCUGACUCUAUGACUGAUUCGAUGAUUGCCAGCACCGUGAGACAGAGCACUUCCAAACUUGAGAAGAAGAACAUGCUGAUUGCUUUGGGGCAUCUUAAAGACAAAACACACGAGGACAGGAUGAAGGAGAAACUGCAAGAGAGAAUUGGAAGAGAGUGUAACCAACUGUUAUUCACAAAAGGAGAAAUCAGGCGAUAUGAAUACCUUUAUGCCUUAUAUCCAAAGACAAAAUUGGACGAGAUAAGGGCAGCAUUAUCUACUGCUUCCCCAGGACACGAAGGUUACAUUUCUUCGCCAACCAAUCACACUGUUGGAAUCGUUUCACGGUCGGCAGAGAGUGAUUAUAAGUGGCUGGGCCAGUACCUCAAAGACUCAUUUCAGAUUGAGGUCAGACCCAUUUACAUCUCUAACAGCGGGAAACUGAAGUUCUGGGAUGAUGUCUCUCAUUGCACAUUCGCUAUCCUGUAUCACACCCAGAAACGAGGGAGGAUAAACAUCACUGACGUCACCAACUCUCUCUAUGAUGAAGAAAUUCAACAUUUGGCCUCUGCACUGGGGAAGGACAACGUGAUUGUCGUAGCGGAUGAUCUUGAUAACAGCAGCAUUGAGGAGAGAGAGAGGAUCUUGCAGAGACAACCCAGCAUUGGCCUCUAUGCCAGAGAUUUGAUCCUUUUCACCAAGAAGGAGACAGAUCCUAAUUACGAGAGACUCGUUACCCAGCAGGAACAGGAAGAUGAAAGGAGUCUAAAUGAAAAACUGGAAACAUUAAGAAAUAUAAUAGGAAAGGCUAAAGCUACCAUGAUGAGCGGAGCAGCAGAUACCGCAGACGUCCACGGACAAGAGGAACCUUCAAAUACACCCCCAUCUGAGACAAAUGAACUUACAGAACCCCAGAGAAUCGGAAUCUUCUCCAGAUCGGCAGAGAGUGAUUACCAGUGGCUGCUAAAUCUCCUUAAAUCAGAAUUCAUGGCUCCGGUUCAUGAAGUUCGACCCUGUAACAUCUCUAACAUUGAGCACAAAGAGUUCUUGGAGUUUCAGUGCACAUUCGGGAUCCUGUAUCACAUGAAUAGAGGGAGGGAAAACAUCACUUAUGAUCUCUAUGAUGACCUGAAACUCAUGUCUGGAGUACUGGGGAAGGAGAAUGUGGUUGUGGUUGCUGAUGGUAUAGAGGGCCCCACAGAGCACAAUAUUGGGGAAUACGCCUGUGACCUGGUGCUCCUCACACAAGCAGAUAAGGGAGACCAAGGCCGGCUGAGGGAGAAGCUGGGGAGCAUCAUACAAAAAAUAAAGACAGCAAAAAAACGCAAAUUAAGGAGUGAUGGCAACAAAGAGGAGAAAAAGACAAAGUUCCCAGAGCCUGGAUAUCGGCAAGCUUCCAUGCAUGGAUUUUCUGGCAUCACAACAUGGAUAAGAAAUAUCCUAAAUAAAAAUAAACGUCUGACAGUUGGAAUUUGCUCCCGAGAAUCCCAGGAAACCUAUAACUGGUUAGUGACUCUGCUAAAGACAGAAGACUUCCGUAAGAAAGUGACAGAGACACGGCCUGUAUACGUCUCAAACACCUUCUCCCAGUUCAGAAGUGAUGUCUCCGGCUGUACAUUUGCCAUCCUGUAUCACUCGAAGAGAAGAGGGACAGUAAACAUCACCGAUGUGACAGAUUCACUCUAUGAUCAGGAACUGGAACAUUUGUCUCAAUCUCUGGGAAGAAAAAAGGUAAUUGUGGUUAUUGAUGACCUGGAGGACAGCAGUGAUUCAGCAAAGAGCAGUAUCCAACAGAGCCAGGGGAGCAUUGGCCGUUGGGCCUGUGAUCUGUUCCUGUUCAGUGCCCGGGAUAAGGAGUCCCUCCAAUCUGGGUCCCGACCUACAGAUGUGGAACUAAAGAGGAGGAGCCUGUAUAGCAUUCUAAGCCAAGCCAUGUGAUCCUAGCCAAUCCUUAGCCACCCAAGGGCAGGACCAAUAAAAAU